AAACGCAACACUUCAGGCACCGCCUCCAAGAUGGCGGCGCCCAGUACUUAGAGCUGUGACUUGCCUCUGCUGGGCUUCUAAAUAAAGCGGGGUUGCUAGUGUUUUCGGACUAUGGACCCGCCUGGGUUUACGGCCUCUCUGGUGGCUGGUGGGGUAGCAGGUGUCUCUGUUGACUUGAUAUUAUUUCCUCUGGAUACCAUUAAAACGAGGCUGCAGAGUCCCCAAGGAUUUAAUAAGGCUGGUGGUUUUCGUGGAAUAUAUGCUGGCAUUCCUUCUGCUGCUAUUGGAUCCUUUCCUAAUGCUUCUGCCUUUUUUAUCACCUAUGAAUAUGUGAAAUGGUUCUUGCACGCUGAUUCAUCUUCGUAUCUGAUGCCUGUGAAACAUAUGUUGGCUGCCUCUGCUGGAGAAGUGGUUGCCUGCCUGAUUCGAGUUCCUUCUGAAGUAGUUAAGCAGAGGGCACAGGUUUCUGCUUCUUCAAGAACAUUUCAGAUUUUCUCACACAUUUUAUAUCAAGAGGGCAUCCGAGGACUGUAUCGAGGCUACACAAGCACAGUUUUGAGAGAGAUUCCUUUCUCAUUGGUCCAGUUUCCCUUAUGGGAGUCCUUAAAAGCCCUCUGGUCCUGGAGGCAGGAUCGCAUGGUGGAUUCUUGGCAGUCAGCAGUCUGUGGAGCUUUUGCAGGUGGAUUCGCAGCUAUGGUCACCACACCUCUGGAUGUGGCGAAAACAAGAAUCAUGUUGGCGAAGGCUGGUUCCAGCACUGCUAGUGGGAAUGUCCUCUCUGUCCUGCAUGAGGUCUGGCGGAUACAGGGAUUGUCAGGAUUAUUUGCAGGUGUCUUCCCUCGAAUGGCAGCCAUCAGUCUGGGAGGUUUCAUCUUUCUUGGUGCUUAUGACCAAACUCGCAGCUUGCUGUUGAAACUUGGCAAAGAGAGCCCAUGAAUCCCACGGCCCUGCAUCCCCUUCUUUCAUGAAGGGGCCAUGCUGUGAGAGCUGAUCCAGUCCAGCGAGCAGCUGUUCGGCUGUCUAAACCACAAAACACAGUGCUGAAAUCCAGCUCUGCAGAUUACGACAUGGAGAAUGUGUUUUCUGUGCUAUAGGCUGGCUGGAAUGAGGUCAUCAGCCUAUUUGCCAGAAAGAGAGAAAACAAUGUCCAUAGAGGUACUCUGAAUAAUUUUCUCAGAACCACUUAAUAAAUAAGUUUGGUGAUGCUGA